AUGGAAAGCAAAGAGAAGCUGGAUGCGGAGCCUCGUAAGACUAGGAUUGGAGCACAACUUCGCGCGGAGGGUGAAGUGGUACUGCAACUGCUAUUCUUUUCGAUUCUCGGAAACUAUUCGCGUCUCGGUUUAGUUCGACUAACCGACUAUAGAGGGUCCUACGUGCAGGGUCCUACCGUUCUAUGGGCGAACUUAGCAGCAUGCUUCCUCAUGGGCGCAGCGCAGGCACUAAAGCCCCGGGACGUGUUCACACCGUUGUUCUUCACAGCGGUCACGACGGGCUACUGCGGGUCGGUGUCGUCGUUCUCGUCGUUCCUGGUGGAGGUCUUUGAGCACGCGACGAAUACCGCUGCGGAUUCAGGUUCGCAUUCGUUUCCAAACCGUGCGUACGGGAUAAUGGAGUUUCUCUCGGUCCUUUUCGUCCAGCUGAUGGUUUCAAUGUGCAGCCAUCUCUUUGGGUUGUGUCUAGCCCGGGAGUUUUCUGGGUCUCUAGAAACUUCAGGAAGCUGGGAAGCGUCAAAAAAUGCACGCAGGGUUAGGAAAGUGCUCAAGCUGGCGGAAAACAUCGCACGAAUUUUGGCCGUCCCCGUGCUUAUCGUCCAAAUUGUUCUUGCCGCAGUUUAUACCAAUGGUUCGAGAUAUUGGACUUUCGCAGCCGUGUUUUCUUUUCCAGGAACGCUGCUGCGCUAUGUUUUGGCAAAAUAUUUAAACCCGCGAGUCAAACACUUCCCUCUAGGCACUUUUGCUGCCAAUGUGUUUGGCACUGUGCUAUUGGCAAUCUUUACUCUGCUUUCAAGGGGCAAGUUGCCAGACGGAAGUAGAAUCAUCAAAUUCACCACGACUAACGACGUAGUGGUGGGAUUAGGCAAUGGAUUUUGUGGCUGCCUGACGACCAUAAGCACGUUCAUUAAUGAGGGGCACGUACUGCCGCUGAAAAAGACCUUGAUCUACUACUUUACGUCAAUUGCGGUCUCAUUCUGCCUAAUUGUUGUAACAUUGGGAUCCUACGCAUGGACCAGAGGUAUUUGA